UAACUUAAAAUCAUACAACAUCUUUUUGGUCUACACUCUCAUCAAAACUACCCCACCAGUAGUACAACAAAAUCAUCACUUCAAGCUUCAACACACACUCUCUCUCUCUCUGAGUGCUUCAAGUGAAAAUACUUUCAUUCCCACCAUUCAACUUCAAAACUUUGCAAAAUGAAAAUCACCAUUGUUGCUUGUACUUUCUUACUGGUUUUCACAACACUUUUCAACUCUUCUUCUCUUGCUCUAACUCAAGAUGGUCAAACAUUGUUGGAGAUCAAAAGUACUUUGAAUGAUACCAAAAAUGUUCUUAGCAACUGGCAAGAGUUUGAUGCUUCUCAUUGUGCAUGGACUGGAAUCUCAUGUCAUCCUGGUGAUGAACAAAGAGUUCGCUCAAUUAAUCUACCAUAUAUGCAGCUUGGAGGGAUAAUAUCUCCCAGCAUUGGUAAACUAAGUAGACUUCAGAGAUUGGCAUUUCAUCAGAAUGGCUUGCAUGGAAUCAUUCCUACUGAAAUUACCAAUUGUACUGAGCUUAGAGCCCUGUACUUGAGGGCUAAUUAUUUUCAAGGAGGCAUACCAUCAGGCAUUGGAAAUCUUUCAUUUUUAAAUAUACUGGAUGUAUCAAGCAAUUCAUUAAAAGGAGCUAUACCUUCCUCUAUUGGCCGUCUCUCACAUUUGCAAGUUCUGAACCUGUCAACCAAUUUCUUUUCUGGUGAAAUACCUGAUAUUGGAGUCCUGAGCACCUUCCAAAAGAACUCGUUUAUUGGCAAUUUAGAUCUUUGUGGAAGGCAAAUUGAAAAGCCAUGUCGAACAUCACUCGGUUUCCCUGUGGUGAUACCACACGCCGAAAGUGAUGAAGCUGCAGUCCCUCCAAAAAAAUCUUCACAAUCACAUUACUUGAAGGCUGUGCUAAUUGGGGCAGUGGCAACUUUGGGCCUUGCACUUAUCAUAACCCUUUCAUUACUCUGGGUUCGUUUGUCGUCAAAGAAGGAAAGAGCUGUUAGGAAAUACACAGAAGUCAAGAAGCAAGUUGAUCCAUCAGCAAGUGCUAAACUUAUUACCUUCCAUGGCGAUAUGCCAUACACGUCAUCUGAAAUCAUUGAAAAGCUGGAGUCUCUUGACGAAGAGGAUAUAGUUGGGUCAGGUGGAUUUGGUACUGUUUACCGAAUGGUGAUGAAUGAUUGUGGUACAUUUGCUGUUAAGCGAAUUGACCGAAGCCGCGAAGGAUCUGAUCAAGUGUUUGAAAGGGAACUUGAGAUUUUGGGGAGCAUCAAGCACAUAAAUUUAGUAAACUUACGCGGUUACUGCAGGCUUCCUACUUCAAGGCUCCUUAUCUAUGAUUAUGUGGCCUUAGGAAGCUUAGAUGAUCUCUUGCAUGAAAAUACUGAGCGACAACCCUUGAAUUGGAACGAUCGGCUAAAGAUAACCCUCGGUUCUGCCCGGGGUUUGGCAUACUUACACCAUGAGUGCUGCCCAAAAAUCGUGCAUCGUGACAUAAAAUCUAGCAACAUCCUUCUUAAUGAAAAUAUGGAGCCUCACAUCUCUGAUUUUGGUCUUGCAAAGCUCUUGGUUGAUGAAGAUGCACAUGUUACCACUGUGGUUGCUGGUACAUUUGGCUAUUUGGCACCAGAGUAUCUACAAAGUGGGAGAGCCACUGAGAAGUCAGAUGUAUAUAGCUUUGGAGUUCUAUUACUCGAACUUGUAACCGGGAAAAGGCCUACAGAUCCUUCCUUUGUAAAGAGAGGUUUAAAUGUUGUUGGUUGGAUGAACACAUUGUUGAAAGAAAACAGAUUGGAAGACGUCGUAGACAGAAAGUGCAGUGACGUAAAUGCUGAAACUCUUGAAGUAAUUUUAGAGCUAGCGGCAAGAUGUACCGAUUCAAAUGCAGAUGAUCGACCUUCGAUGAAUCAAGUAUUGCAGUUGCUGGAGCAAGAGGUCAUGUCGCCUUGUCCAAGUGAAUUUUACGAGUCCCAUUCAGAUCACUGAUAAUGGCUAAUGUGUUCCUUCCCCCUGUUUCGUGGCUUGGUUUUGUAGAAAAGUUUUGUACCAAAUGUGUAACAACCAUUUGUAAAUAGAUUUUCUCCUUGUCCAAAACAAAACCAAAAAAAGGACAACGUGGAGAUGGCAAUGGUUUUUUGUAUUUGGAAUGGUCUCUCCAUAUUCUUGGCUUCUUGCUAUGGAAAUGUAAUCAUGAAGAUGAUUAGAUGCUAUGUUCAAGUAGGGUCUUCUUUUCUUCUUGGAUUUGAGGUUGAUUUUGUUUUUCAAGAGAUUCUUCUUGUGAUAGUAUUCUUUAAAGAAUAUGUUGGGUUUGAAAAAAAACUUUAUGGAACAAAGACUUGAAGUCAAGAGGAGGAACUUUUCCUACUCCCAAUA